AUGGCUGGAGGUAAGGCUGGAAAGGAGCCUGACUCCAGAAAGGCCGAGACAAAGGCGGUUUCCCGCUCUACUCGAAUACCACUUGCGUUGGCAGGAAAUGCAUCAAAAGGCUCAAAGGCAAAGUGUGUUACCCCUCGUCACUUUCAACUUGCCAUUCUCGGGGAUGAAGAGUUGGACUCUCUGGUCAAGGCUACAGUUGCUGGGGGUGGUGUCAUCCCACACAGCCACAGCUCUCUGAUUGGAAGAAAGGACAAGAUAGACCGUCUAAGGAUCUCUUAUUAUCUCGGGACUCUAAAUAUUCCUAACAGCUGUCCAGUGCUGCUGAUUGCCGUGGACUGUAUCUCUGUGAAAACUACAGUUUUGCCUUUUUGCAAUUCUUUUUGA